UUAGGCUAUUGAUUUAUUCUCUACUGAUAACGUACAACGUUCAAUCCCUAUCCGGAAGUAAAAUUUCCUAAAUUCAAGAAGUCAUCAUGUAUCGCUCAGACACAAAAGAAAACACUAGGUUGUUCGUCUUAGCAGGAAAAGGAGUCAACGAAGAAGUAUUUAGAGAGAAAUUUGAACAAUAUGGAAAAAUAGAAGAUCUCUGGAUUGUCAAAGACAAGCGCACAAAUGAGGAUAAAGGUGUUGUGUAUGUCACAUAUUCCAAGGUGUCAGAAGCUGCCUUGGCUCUAGAGGAAAUGAAUGGUAAAAUAUUGCCUGGAAAUCCAAGACCUCUGAAGGUACUUGUCGCAAACACAAAAAGGGAUGGGUCAGUCAGGGAUCCAAGAGAAGAUGAGAGACUUGUCAGAUUGUUUGUUAUCAUUCCUAAAACAUAUGAUGAAGAGGAUGUCAACAAGGAAUUUUCUCAACAUGGGGAUGUUGCCAGUGUAAAUGUAUUACGUGACAAGGACACUGGUAGCCCUAAGGGGUUUGCCUAUGUAAAGUUCCACAGGCCGUACCACGCUGCAAUUGCAAUGGAAAAUUGUAAACCAUCCUUUAAACCGAAAUGGGCGGAACCAAAGAAACAAGCUUCAGACACAGUUGACAGAUAUGCAAGGGACUCGCGUAACUAUCACGAUGGGCGUGACAGAGACUCGUAUGAUGACCGUGGGUCACGAGGCUACGAACAUAGAGACAGGGAUAGGAGGGGUAGCGGGGCACCAGGAGGCUAUCCUUAUUCGGACAGGGAUAGAGGUUUGAAGCGUGGUUUUGAUGAUUAUAGAGAUGAUCGAGACAGUAGAAGGGACAGACGUGAAGAUUAUAUUGCCGAUGAUGGAAGAUCUAGAUACAGUGAUAGUAAUGUGUUUAGUCGACCUGAACAGACCCCAUUUUCAAUGAUCCAGGAUCAUCAACACAACAACAUACAGCGUCUCCUGGUCACGGCACCACUUGGCUUGACACAGAACUAUCUACAGAAACUAUUCAACUUGAUACCUGGCUUAGAAUAUUGUGAUCUCAAUGAGCAGACAGGUCUAGCAUAUGUCCGUUAUCAAACUCCUCAGUGUGCAGCCUAUGCCAGGGACAAGUUGGAUGGGUUUGAGUACCCGAUUGGAAGUCGGCUUAUCGUGAAGUUCACUGAGGGAUCUGGUCACAGUAGCCAAGACCAAGGUUUCAUGUCAGGAAAUUUCAGAGGUGGACCAGAACCUUUGAUGGAUUCCAGUUCAGUACAGCACCAGGCUGCGAAAGUACUUGAACAAGCUGGUAUCAACCCAGGACUGGUCCUUCAACCACCAAAAGACAGCAACGCAGUUGAACGUGUGACCUAUUGUAACUUGAAGUUACCGUUACCUAAACCACUUGUGCCAGAAGAUACGCCAACCGCUCAGCGUCUGUUCAUAGUAUGUCAGCCGGCGGCUGUCCCGGAGAGAAUAUUGAGGGAUGCGUUCAGUAGGUUUGGCAACCUUAUAGAGGUGUUUUUACUGUCAGGAAGGAAUUUUGGAUAUGCUAAAUAUGCUACCAAAGAAUCAGCUUGUUUAGCUAUGGAUGUACUUCACGGUCAGUGUGUUGCCGGGCAACGUAUGAAAGUUCUGGAAGCCGAGCCUAUGAGGAAUGAGAUAGAUGGUAUCAAGAGGCAGAGGGUAGAAUCACAGUAAAAAAAAACUGGAAUGACAGAAAGACAGAACAAAACUUGGCAGAAAGACUUACAUACCUAUUUGACAAGAGAUGGGACAUCUAUCACUGACUACAGUUGAAUUAUCAUACUGGAUUUGACCAGAACAUAACACAGUGUUUUGACUGUUUGUGAUUGACGAUGAAAAUCAAAAAAAAAUGUUGCAGAUUUUUUAUGACAUGUAACUUACUAUGGGUUUGACAGAAAAACAUUAUUGAACCUAGUAAUUAGACAUGAUUGGUACCAGUAUGACAUUACUAAAUUACAUGUACUUUUUCUGACUGAUAUAACUGAUAUAAUUAUGUUGGAUGGACAACCAAGUUUUACAACACUUUUACAGGGUUUUUAUAGGGCUCUCUGUAAUUAAACAACAGGGUCCUGUAAAAGCCCUGGCUGAUGCAGAAUUAACAGUUGGCUAUAAUUGUGAAACAAGAAAACACAGUAAAGUCACAAAGAACUGCUUUACUACUGGCUUCUUUGAAAUUUACAGUGGACACUGGUUUUACCAAACAGUUAUAUUGACAUUUGUUCAUUUUACUUAAUGUAACAGAAACACUGACUAUUGUUAUAUUAUUCUGACUUUCUAACUUAAAGCUGCUCAUUUCCAGAGACAUACUUUUUAAAAAAAAAAAUUAAGUAAGAAAGUGUUACAAAUCCUCUAAGAUUUGUGAACAAAGAUACUAAUAUACGCUAGCAUAAGGCCCAAAUCCAAAUGUGUUAAAAACAUAAUAUAAAUAUUGUGGGGAAAAUUCAGUCAUAGUUUUGCUUAAACAAGAACUCAUUUCUUAAAUGCAUUUUUCUAUGAUUUUAAAUUUUUGAAAUUUCUAUUGGUCCUCUGGAGAUGUGCCCCAUUUAGGUGGGAAUGACUUUUUAAAGAAGUUGAAUUAAAACAUUGACUACCCAAAAGAAAACAUGAAAACUUGUACAGACUUUUGCUGUAUAUACACAUUGACAGUUGAAUGUUUAGAGCUUAAUUCAUUUUGGUUAUCAGUUAUUAAAAUUAAUGAAGAUAACCCAGCUUUAACAGAUCUCGGUUUGUGAUUUUGUCAUAUUUGUAGGUCUUUUCUGAUGCCAUUGACUUCUUAAUUAACAAACACUUUGUACAGAAGUUGAACAAUUCUGACCACCGACUGUCUGUCAUUUGUCCGUUCAUCUCUAAAAAAAGUCCUGUAAAGAAUGUUUCAUGUAAACAAGUGUCAACCUCAGCCAGUCUCACUUACAAUGUAUAAAGGUUUUUCUUUGUUCAGUAAAAUGUAAAAUUGCCGUAGUCACAGUGCCUUGUGCAGAAAACCAAUACAAUUAACAGUCUAGGUAGUAUUUCCUUCUAUAAUUAUUUCCUUGAUUUAUAUGGGAUGCGUGAAAAGCGUACUGGCUCUAAAUAGUAACUCAUAAAUAAAAUUUUCUUUGGGGCCGGGGGAAAUCAGUAUUGCUUUUGUAAAAUGAAACCAUGUGAAUUUCAAAAUAUUCAAUUGCUCAGUUUCAUUUUCCAUACACAAAAAAAAAACACCAAAAAAAGAUAUUUCUUAAAAAAAGGUUUUAUUUAAGGGAUACUGACUUUUGUCGCAUGUAAAGAAAGGAAGUAUUGAAAAAAUUAUGGAAGAAAAUUAAUACUACCUGGAAUGUUAUCUUUUUAUUGGUUUUCUGCCCGAAGCAGAUCACAAAAAGUCAUGUAGUAUAGGCAUGGUAAUAAUGUGGGCAUAAUCUUGUGGCAAAUUUAAUUUUGUAAAUAGGAAUUUUAAGCAUUUCUUUGCAUAGAUAUGUUUUAACUUGGUCCUCAUAUUCAUUUUGUAAUUCUUAUCAUUCAUUUCUCGUGUUUCUUAUAACAUGCCAUCUGUAUUACGUUCAUUAUGAGAUGUAUACAUAAACAGUUUCUUUUUCCAGUUUAUGUCAAAUAAUUCUUAAAAAUCAUUUAUGUUUUACUGUUAUUGUAUAAUAUUAUAGUUAAUUAUGUUCCUUUGAGUGAAAAGAAAAAAAAUCAUGUUGUCAUAUAGUUAUUAGUGGUAAAUAAAAAUUAAAAAAAGAAGUGUAUACCUUAAAUAACCUUUAUAAACUGUUAUUAUUAGCCAUUUGUGAUCUUUGAAAAGAGAGUCAGGUAACUUGGUUAAUGCAAUAAUUGCACUGUUAAUAUGUUUGACCUAACCCAUACACUUGAAAUGUUUGACAGUUUUCUAUUAAAUCACUGUCAGGUCACUGAGACAUCACUUUAAAAUUAUAAGCAAUGAUUUUAUGUAGAUUGUCAGCAGCUGACAAUGAGAUAUUUAGAUUUUCAGCAGUUGGAACAGUUUAACCCGCAGUUUAAGCUAUUGCACCAUGAGUUAUUUAGAUAAUCUUGAGUUUUGCUAGUUAUGUAGUUUACCAGUAGUUAAAGCUUUUGAAGCAUAGGUUGAGACAUCUGUGGUCAAGUGGUUAAGGUCAUUGACUUCAAAUCACUUGACCCUCACUGCUGUGGGCUCAAAGCCAGACAGGAACUUUUGAUUGGUUCAUACGCUAGCUUAAGGCAUGUUGAUGAUUCUAUCCAGGUGCUUUUUGUGCCUGAAAUAAUGCACAUAAGGGCACAAGUUUUAAAAUUAGGGGUAUGUAGAUUAUCAGCAGUUAUUGAAGCUUUUGAACUGUGAGUUAUUUAGAUUGUCAGCAGUUUAACCUUAUAAAUCAGGAUUAUGAUUAUAAUCAUUUGAAGCUUUUGAACUGUCGAGUUAUUUAGAUUAGCAGCAGUUAAACUAUUGUAUCAUAAGUUAUGUAGGUAAUGGAUGCUGGGCUUGUCCAUUGAAGAAAUUCAGGUUAAGCAUUAAAAUAUUUUUAACAAACUUAUGUAAGUCACUUUCAUGCCACAAUAUAUAUUUUUAAACAAAGUAUUUAUCAACAUCAAUGUAGAUAAAUGGUUACAGUAUGUCAUACAUUAUUUUUAAAACACUAUAAGGAAAUGGAAUGCACGUUACAAGUGAUUAUAUCCUGUGAUACAGGGAAGAUUAGUGACUAAUUGAUAACGAGUGUGACUGCUUCCUGUCCAUCACUUAAGUUUGAAUAGGCUACACAAAAUGAUGUUUUGUUCUUAGCCCUUGGUUACAAGUAACUAGGUUAGAUUCUAUUUUAAUUGUAUCAUGAAUCCAUGCUGUCUGAUCAUGGUCUGCACUGUUUUGUUAUUCAGUCAGUACUAAUUUUUUUAAUUUUCCCUAAAAAUGAUGAAUAGAUUGGUUAAGACCAAAGAUGGACAAGUCCAUUUCAGAUAUUUUGCUUGUUAAGAGUUAAAUCAUUAGUGUAAUUUUACUAGAUAUUGAAAUAUUGUUAAAGACUUGUGAUUAUCUUUAAUGUAUAUCAACACACAUUGGUGACAUGACAACCCCAACAGUACAAAGUUUGCAACACAGAAAAACAAGCUAGAUGUGUGUAUUUCUUCAGUAGAAAAUGACCAAAUUUAUUAUCAGUAGAAAAAAAUUUAUGGUCCUGCAUGUUGUAUCAACAUAAAAUGCACUGUUUGCAAAUACAGUCAGUGAAAUCAUCAAAUAAGCCUCCAGAAACAGGACGACCAAGACCAGCGUGACAGACGAGACAUAGCUUCAAGACCAGAAAUAAAUGUAUGGAAUUGACGGACAUCCUCUUUUAUAGUUUGUUCCAUUACCAAUAUGUACUGGUAAUGUCAAAAUGACUUCUUAUGUUAAGAGUAGUAACACACUCGUACAUAAACAAAGUUGUACAUUAGUGUGUUUUGUACAUAAGAAAAAUAUAAAAAAUUUAUAAGCAAAUAUUUAUCUUUUUUAUCGUAAUCUUUCAAAUACAAUUCUGCUAGAAAAUACAUGAAGUUAAAUAUGUGAUACUUAAAUAUAGAAAAACAACACAUGUUUAUUUAUCUGAAACAAUUAACAUAACACAAAGUGUAAAUUACUGUGGCCUUUUUAAGUAAGUGGUGAAAGUUAGAAUGUCAGUUUAAUGUUUUUAUAUACAUUUGGAUUUUCUUGGAAUUUAUUAGGAUCUCCUGUGUAUGAAAGAUCAUUGCCUUGUAAAGAAUGAAAGGUUCUUGUACUUUGUUGAUGGCAGGAGUUAUUGCCCUUGCUGCAUUGAUACAUUGUAAAGCAACACGAGCAGAUGAAAAUAAGAAAGUUUGUGUGUAUCUAGACCAGCAGUUUAAUGUUGGAGAUUUGGUGACUGGUAACCAAUGUGACAGGUGUUUCUGUACACAAUAUGGCAUCAUGUGUGAGAUGAUUAAAUGUGAAGUGCCCCAGUGUCUCGACGCAGUGAUGGGUGAAUGUUGCAUGGAAUGUCCUAAUGGACGCAACUGUUUGCAUGAAGGUGAGAAUAUGACAGUUAUUGUUCCAGAGACAGGCUGUUUGUAUAGUGAUGGUGAUGUGUGUCAGUGUGAUUUUGAGGACAACAUAAAAGAAGGGAUGACCAGAUGUUUACCAGGAGGUGACGCUCCGUUGUGCAAGCCUUACUUGCCGUAAAA